UCAUCAUCACCAUCAUCAUCACCUUCAUCACCAUCUUCAUCUUCAUCUUCAUCUUCAUCAUCUUCACCAUCGCCAUCAUCUUCAUCUUCAUCGCCAUCAUCUUCAUCAUUGCCAUCAUCUUCAUCAUCGCCAUCAUCUUCAUCAUUGCCAUCAUCUUCAUCUUCAUCGCCAUCAUCUUCAUCAUCGCCAUCAUCUUCAUCUUCAUCAUCGCCAUCAUCUUCAUCAUCGCCAUCAUCUUCAUCAUUGCCAUCAUCUUCAUCAUCGCCAUCAUCUUCAUCUUCAUCGCCAUCAUCUUCAUCAUCGCCAUCAUCUUCAUCUUCAUCAUCGCCAUCAUCUUCAUCAUCGCCAUCAUCUUCAUCAUCGCCAUCAUCUUCAUCAUCGCCAUCAUCUUCAUCAUCGCCAUCAUCUUCAUCAUCGCCAUCAUCUUCAUCAUCGCCAUCAUCUUCAUCUUCAUCAUCGCCUUCAUCUUCAUCAUCGCCAUCAUCUUCUGGAGACCUCACUUACAGAAAGAUAUUGACCUGA